CCAUAAGGGGGUCCUCAGCAGAGUAUUCUCUUGUAAGUUCUGUCUUGCUCUGUUCUACUCCUAGUCUGAUUUUUUCGAGGCUAGCAGUCGCCCUGGACUUCCUCAUGAUUGGUUUUUUGGGUGUCGAUUUGCAAGGGUGGGAGUUGUCCCGCUUACUGUCUUGGGACUUGUUUGGAGGUGUGAUGUUUAGGUAUUUGCUGAAUAUCUCAGUCUAAAUCAUAUGGAGAUUAUUCCACCUGAAAAACAUAAAAGCUCCAAAGGUUUUUAUUUACCACAUUUUGCUGUGGUGCGCAACGAUAGAAGUACAACAAAAGUACGUAUUGUCUUUGACGCAUCGUGCCCAGGAUCCAACGGUGUUUCUUUAAAUCAAGACUUAUUGGUUGGUCCCACAUUACAGGAUGACUUGAGACAUAUUUUAAUGAGAUGGCGGGCACAUCCUGUAUGUAUUUCUUCUGAUAUUGUGAAGAUGUAUCGUCAAGUUCGUGUAUCUUCAGAAGAUGUUGAUUUUCAGCGUAUUCUUUGGCGUGAAAAUUCUGCUUCUGAGGUACAACAUUAUCGACUUUUGACAGUUACAUUUGGUACAUCGUCAGCUCCAUAUUUAGCAAUUCGCUCAUUACGUCAAGUAGCUUAUGACGAGGGUGUUCAUUUCCCAAUAGCUGCAAAAAAAGUGUUGUCAGACUUUUAUGUUGAUGAUUUGAUGUCAGGAUGUGAAAAUUUUAUAGAAGGUCAACAGCUAUAUACUGAAAUGAAACAAUUGCUUAGAAAAGGAGGGUUUGAAUUACAAAAGUGGACAAGCAAUGAUAAAAAUCUAAUGAAGUGGAUAGAAAACGAAGAAAAACUUGGAGAUAAAAGUAUGAAAGAGCAAAUAAAAGAUAAUAGAAACAGUGAAGACAAUGAUAAUAAAAUUGCAGAGGAAGAGUCUAAGACAGAGACACCAAAGUUUGUUGAUAAAUCUGAUUCGAUUACUAAAAUAUUGGGUCUUACGUGGGACAAAUGUAACGAUACAUUUAAAUAUUUAGUGCAGUUGCCGACAAUUGAAGAGCCAAUCACGAAACGGAAAGUGAUCUCAGAUAUAUCACGUCUCUAUGAUCCAUUAGGUUGGCUUGCUCCUGUAAAGGUGGUGUGUUAG